CUGGGGAUCUCAGCUUCACGCGCUCCCCUGGCUUCUUCUGGCACUUUCGGAGCAGUGAGCAGUACUUCCCCGAUGAAGGUUGAGAGAAGCUCGCAAGAUGAAACUGCAGCUGUGCGCAGCUCUACUACCGCGAGGUUGGAGGAGAAGUCGACGCCGGUUCGCUUCGAAGAGAGUGCCUGGAGCAUUCCCUUGGUUCUGGGCCUAGCCGAUGUGGGAUGGUUCGACGCCACCAGCGCUAUGCUUUUAGUCUUGCUGAACUUUGGCAUGCAGGUGGCUUUUUCAGGCGUGCUGCUGUCCGACAGCUUCAUGGGGGAUGCCUUUGAGACCAAGGUGACAAGCGCCAAAACAUGGAGAACAAGAGCCGCGCACGAUUACGCUUACCUAGAUCUGGGAG